CGAAACGAGAACGAGAGAAGGAGGGGGACGGCCUGAAAAGCUCGGGCAAGCCUGGGUUCGAUCGCUCAAUAUUCAUCCCUUGGCCGGACGAGAGCGCCCGAGAACAGUAGCUCCAGACGAGGGCACGAAUCGACCCUUCCUUCCUUUGCGUCCUCGCCCGCGGAACUGUUCGAUCGCGGCACCGUUCCACCAGAAGACGAACAACAAGAUCAGAAGAAGGAGCGUGCCGAGUCGGGCCGAGGAGUAAGAGAGAGAGAGAGAGAGAGAGAGAGAGAGCGAGCGAGCGAGAGAGCGAAGAAAAAAAAAGGAAUUCGCGCAUUCGUCGUCUUACGUUCGUUCCAAUCGUGGUGACUCGCGGCGAGAGAUCGUUCUCUCCAUCUUUCGUUUAACCGAUCGGAUAUGGAGGGUAAAAAAGUCGAGCAGUUUUAUACCCCGCCGCCGAAGCUUGGCAAAUGGGAGGGUUUUAGGGUCUUUCUAUGGAACUCCGAGACUGGACAGUUCCUGGGGCGCACAGGCGCUAGUUGGGCGAAAAUCUUGUUAUUCUACGUUAUUUUUUAUGCGGUGCUGGCUGGUUUCUUCGGAGCGAUGUUGACCGUUUUUUACCAGACGUUAGACCCGAACGCGCCGAAAUGGCAACUGGACAAUUCCUUGAUCGGAAGCAAUCCAGGACUUGGUUUCAGGCCCAUGCCACCUGCGAGCAACGUGGAAAGUACCUUGAUUUGGUACAAAGCCAGUGACGAAGGCAACUUCUUACAUUGGACCAGAGAAUUGGAUAAGUUCCUUGAAGAGUACCAAAAACCUGCUACCUUGACGAACGGCGCCCAGAAGAGGAUGCUGUGCGACUAUGGCAAACCACCGACGCCCGGUAAAGUUUGCGACGUUGACAUGACCACGUGGGGACAGUGCACGAAGAAAAACAAAUACGGUUACAACAAGUCUGCCCCUUGCAUUUUCCUCAAGUUGAACAAGAUUUUCGGCUGGAAACCGGAAUAUUACAACGACACGAAAAACCUGCCGAGUACCAUGCCAGCCGAUCUUCAAGAGCACAUCAGACAAGAGGAACACGCCAACAGACUGGAUACCGUUUGGGUGUCAUGUUCUGGUGAAAAUCCUGCUGACGUUGAGAACAUGGGCGCUAUUCAGUACAUUCCGCGUCGUGGUUUCCCUGGAUACUAUUUCCCUUUCACAAAUACCCCUGGAUACCUUAGUCCCCUCGUAGCUGUCUUCUUCGAGAGGCCUAAAUACAGUGUGUUGAUCAAAGCUGAACCACAAAUGUCUCCUGGUUGUCAAGAUAUUAGUGCUCGAAAAUUUUUUGAAUAUUUGAAGUAUCAGGAGCACAGCAGGAUCGAUGGUUUCGGUGUGCCACCUCCUCGGACCUCGUGUACUCCUGAUACUAAAUCUCAAAUUUCAGCCAGAAAAGAACUCUCGUUUUAA